AUGCAUCUUCAAUUUUUAAAAUUUUUAUUUUUAUUUCAAUUUAUUUAUUUAUUAAAUUAUUGUUUUACCGUUGAAUCUAAAGAGAAUAAAUUUGUAACGGUUAAUGUACCGACUUUGGGUAAAAUAAAAGGAAAAGUUGGAAAAUCAUUUUUCACUCAUAGGCCUAUAUAUCAUUUUUUGGGAAUCAGUUAUGCUAAAUCACCAUCGAAAACUAAAAGAUUUCAGCCUCCUGAAAAAUAUGAACCUUGGAAAGAUAGUAUUUACGAUGCAACUAAAAUGCGACAAAAUUGUCCACAAGCUCCAUCUUCUUUUUAUCCUCCAUUGGAUCCAGACGAGUUAGAUGUGAAGGAAGAUGUUGAAGAUUGUUUGGUCGUUAACGUUUUCACUCCCAAGAUAACACCGCCGGACGGUCCUUUGUUUCCGGUUAUGUAUUACAUUCACGGAGGAUCCUUUUACGCUGGAUCCGCUUAUGAUUUUUUACCUGAUUUUCUUCUAGAAAAAAAUAUUGUUUUAGUUGUUGUACAAUACCGUCUCGGAAUUUUAGGUUUUCUUUCGCUCGAAGUCGACGAAAUACCCGGAAAUGCCGGAAUGUUAGAUAUAAUAUUAGGAUUAAAUUGGGUUAAAGAAAAUAUAAAAUAUUUUAAUGGUAACGCAUCUGACGUAACCGUUGUUGGACAAAGUGCUGGAGCAGCAGCAGCAAGUUCUCUUCUUGUAUCACCCCUGUGGUUCUGCAUUGAGUUUAUGGGCAGUGGACGAAAAUCCAUCAAAAUCUGCUAUGAUUAUGGCAAAAAUCUUAAAUGUAAAAGUGAUGAAAUAUCGGAGGUUAUUAAAUGUUUUUACGAUGCUAAAGUUGAUGAUUUGAUAAGUGCUCACACUCAACUUGAAACCAAAGACAUGGCUAGGUGUGGUACAAGUUUAGUCGUACAAAAAGCAGGUACUAAAAAAUAUUUAGAAGAACAUCCAAGGGUAUCAUUUAGUAAAGGAAAAUUUCUUAAAAUUCCAAUAAUGGGAGGAAUAACAAGAGAAGAAGGUUCUGCUUUCGUUGCCGGUUUUUAUUACGGGUAUAAUUUAAACAAAAUAAAUGAUACGAAUUAUUACAAUGGAAACGUUACGAGAGACAUUCUUUAUUUUUGCGGAGGUUUUCGAGAGAAUCUUGGAAUUAUGGCCGAUUACUUACAUAAUAUUUAUUUUACCGAUAAAAAAAAAUCAUUUAAAGAAGUUAUGCCUGGUUUAGUAGACAUAUGCGGAGUCUGGCUUUUAAAAGCAUCAACAUUUGAAAAUUUAAGGUAUCUUUCCAAUCACGUUCCAACCUAUGCUUAUUCGUUUAAUUUUUAUGGAAACGUAUCAAAGCUACGUAUUUCGGAUCCUUCUUGGAUUAAUUCCGAUCCUCUUCCUGCAGGUGUUGCACAUUCUGACGAGCUUGGCUACUUAUUUCCCUUAUAUAAAUUCAAUUAUACCUCAAGAGAAUUAAAAAUGGCUCGAACAAUGUCAACUUUAUGGACAAAUUUUAUAACGACCGGGGCUCCAAGUGAUUCAAAUAAAAAAUGGCCACCAAUAACAGAACAAUAUGGACCAUAUUUACGAAUAUCUGAUAAAAAUACAAUUCGUAAAAAUAUAUUUGAUGAAUAUAUGAUUACUUCGAAAGAAGGUUUUUUGGAAAAUUCAACAAGAGGUUCUUUAAAUAAUUACACAAAAUGGCUUCCAUAUAUUUUUUACUUUUAUUAUUUAAAACAAAAUAAACUAGGAGCAAAUAAAAAAUAA